CUGGAGACAAUCGGGCUCGAGAGGCUGGAGCAAGAAUGUCGUCGGUUGGUGCGGCGAUUUGCUAUUGACGUCCUCCAGGAGGCUGAAAACGAAGCGCAAAAACAGCUUGGAAAGAUGGUCAAACGCAAUGCUAGGUCAAUCACGCAUAUCAUGAUUUCGAAUUUGAGACAACCAACGAAUACACAGCCUUCAAAUCUUGAGCAGUGGCUGCAAUCAUUGAAUCCGGGUGGGAAAGGCUUCCCAGAUAAGCCGGAGAACGAAAGCACUGAGAACGAAAGCACUGAGAACGACAGUGACGAGGAUAAUAAACUGCCUGACACCCUGCCGAGAAUUGAUCAACUACGAGCAUUUGUUUUCGCAUCUAUAGCCUUCUCAAAAUUUCGAGCGAAAUUGGACGACCUUGU